UAAUUUUAUUUAAAAAAAAUACUAAAAAAAAAUUGCAGCGUCACACACAUCUUGUUGAUUCAAGUAAAAAAAAAAAUGGAACCCAAUGACAACCAACUAAGCUCUUUUUUCCACCACCAUAACCACCACCACCAACAACAGCACCACCAACAACAACAACCACAGGGUAACUCAACCACCGUAGUCUCAGCCACUACCACCACCGCAGCUCCGACUAACGGUCUUUUAUCAAACACAGAUGGAUCCCACAUACUGUACCCUCAUUCAGUGGCUUCUGCUGUGUCUUCUCAGCUUGAACCAGCUAAGAGGAAACGAGGAAGACCUAGAAAGUACGGAACACCGGAACAAGCUCUCGCUGCUAAAAAAGCCUCUACGUCGUCGUUUUCAUCUACUCCCGCUGGUGCUGACAAUAGCAGCAAGAAUACCACACACUCUUUUUCUCCUUCUUCUUUCUCUUCUAAGAAAUCUCAUUCUCUCUCUCUAGGUAAUGCAGGACAAGGUUUCAGUGCACAUGUCAUUGCUGUUGCUGCUGGUGAGGAUGUUGGCCAGAAAAUUAUGCAAUUUAUGCAACAACAUAGGGGUGAGAUAUGCAUUCUGUCUGCAUCUGGUUCCAUCUCUAAUGCCUCUCUUCGUCAACCGGCAUCUUCAGGAGGAAAUAUUACAUAUGAGGGUCGAUUUGAUAUUAUUUCACUUACCGGUUCUUAUGUUCGUAAUGAAACCGGAGGGCGAAGUGGCGGUCUCAGUGUAUGCUUGUCUAAUUCUGAUGGACAAAUCAUAGGUGGUGGUGUUGGUGGGCCACUUAAAGCUGCCGGUCCAGUUCAGGUCAUUGUUGGUACAUUUUUUAUCGACACCCAGAAGGAUACAAGUGCUGGCAUAAAAGGCGAUGCCUCUACCAGCAAGUUGCCAUCACAGGUUGGUGAAUCAGCAUCGAAUUUAGGUUUCCGCCAAGCAGUUGACUGUUCCAGCGGGAAUCCAAUUCGGGGAAAUGAUGAACAUCAAGCUAUGGGGGGAAGUCAUUUCAUGAUUCAACAGCUUGGUUUGCAUGUGACCCCUCCAAGGCCCACUGACUGGGGGAGUCAUCCAGAUUCAAGAAAUGUCGGCUAUGAUUUGUCAGGAAGAACAGGUCACGGGUCUCACCAGUCUCCUGAUAAUGGAGGCUAUGACCAAAUUCCUGAUUGAGAAUUACAUCAAUUGUGUGGUUAACAGUUGCAUGAUAUCACUUCGUCUACAUACCAGCAGUCUUUGUCACAUGAUGCCGUUUAUAGUAUGCAACAUCCAUUAAGGUCAUGGCUUCUGACUUCUGAGAAUUUAUACUCAUGUUUGUCCUUCCAAAAUAUUCUUCUGCCUUACUCGUGAUGUAUUUUAAAAAAUUAGGAUUGCUGCCUAAAACUUCUUCAUUUUUGUGGGCCUGUUAGUUUAUCUGUACCAUGAAAAUAAGGUAUGUUUACAUAUAUAUGCUGCCGAGGAUAGCUUCUGGGCUAUAUUUUUCUUCCAUCUUCAAGGUGCGGCCUUUUUUCUUUGGACAAAA